ACACCUUUCUGUGUUGCAGUGUGAUGCAUGGUACUGAUUCCCCUUGCUGUCUGAUCGAGCAGGUGUUCUGGCGCUCUGGGCCCUAAUCACGCAUGUGAUGUAUGUGCAGGAUUACUGGAGGACCUGGUUAAAAGGGCUGAGGUUCUUCCUCUUCAUCGGGAUCCUCUUCUCAGCUCUCUCAGUGGUGGGAUUCUGCACAUUCCUCGUUCUGGCCAUCACCAAGCACCAGUCCCUGACUGAUCCCAGAAGCUACUACCUGUCGUGUGUCUGGAGUUUCAUCUCCUUGAAAUGGGCCUUCCUGCUCAGUUUGUACGCUUACCGGUACAGGAAUGAGUUUGCAGACAUCAGUAUCCUCAGUGACUUCUAACGCUUGGACUUCAAUCCCGUCUGAAGGUGCUGGAUGUUUGAAUUGCCCCCCAAAGGCACGGUACACGCAAGAGACGCGUGAGAGGCGGAGAAGGAACCCACCCAGUGCUGCUUGGUUUGUCUGUCUGCAGUAGGGGUUUUUCCUAAUUGCUUUUACUCAACCAUUUAAAGUUUGGCUAACGAUGUCAAUCCAGUCUUUCUGUAACUUCUCUGAGAGUCCCUGUGUCUGGUAGCGAGGUGAAAGACUCCAUGUGCUUACACACAGCAGGCCUAGGUCCACUCUUUGCCUUGCCCCGAAGUCCAGGGGAGUGUUCACAUGGGGAAGGAAGUCCUGGCCCUCCAGGAACUGUAGGUUCAUACCUGGUGGAUGCUGCACCCCGACGUCCUUGUCAGCGUGUCACCACCCUGCUUCGGGCGGGUGCCCCAGAUGUACGUACGAACACUGCUGUGUGAAAGCCAGCUCCUUUUGCACUGCUCUGCUCCUCAAGAGAAAGGGAGAGACGUGGCAGGAGUCCCUCUGUACCUUCCAGCCAGUACCCCACAUCUUCUAGUAUUUUCUUUUCACGUGUUGUACACAAAGUUGGCUCUCUCCUGCGGUCUGGACGAGCCCCAAGGGCUGGGCCAGCAGCAGAGGAGCACACUAGUCAUCUCAAGGCACUGUCAGAGGUGGGAAAUGCUGAUUCUGGCUGCUGUCCGGGAUCAUUUUAAAAAGGAACUUAAAACCCUAUUUAACCCUCAAAUUUGUAGCAUGUAGAAUCGGGUGUUUGGGUGAAAGAUGUGCUGGGCAAAAGCUCACCUACCUGAACCCCUGGAGAAACAUGAAUAUGAUUCCUCUAACAAAAAAUAUCUUUUUGUAGGCAGUACUGUGUUUCCUUUUCUUUGCUCAGCUUCCCUGUAACAGUCAGGAUGAGAGAGGGGAGGAGAUGUGGUACUCAGAAAAUAAGACAGGUAUCCAGAGCCAGCUUCCAGCAAGCCUCUGGAACCAGUGCCACCGGCAUAAUGCAAGUGUAGAUAAAUUGCUGGGCACUCACAUGGCGAGUUAAGAGGUGCUGGGUCUGCACUCAUGGGCUGGAGAGCUGGAAACAGCGGGGUUUGGCCGGCACGUCUUUUGCCUGGUGGCAGCGAAGCCUUCCCUCCUUCCAGCCACGCAUGGCACUGCUCUGACAAACCUAAAACCUGAGUGGAUUUAGUGACCUCUUUAAUCCCAGUGUUUUGCUCCCUGCCAGUAGCUUGAGCUGCUUGAAAAACCUUGAAAACCCAACCCUGUGCAGCUUGAAACCUUCAAGUGUUUACAUCUUUCUUCAUUAACUUCAGGCUGGCUAAAGGCUUUGGGCUGCUGCUCUGGCAGAAGCCAGGCCGGUGUUUUGCCAUGCUGGGCAAAAAAUCCAUGAGUAAUUCUACAGGUGGGUGAGAAGGGAGGCAGGAGGAGCCCCCUUCCCUUGCAGACCGAUGGAAGCUGAACAAGGCAGGCGUUUGAAGGAGUCUCCCAGGCGCAGUUGUCCUGCCCCUUCUCUAGGUGGAGCAUCCCCUGAAGUGCCUUUGUGGCAAAUCUCUGGCAGAGGGUGGGUGACGGGACCUGCUCGGGGUCUUGUGACCAAGUGAGGUACGAGUGGCAGGUCCUACGUGCUGUCGGGAGCCCAGCUUUCUCUCCUGCCACACCAAACUCCCUGGGUUUGGGCAGCUGGCUGUGGGGAGCACCUCGGCCUGUCUGUUCCGUUACCUUACCCUAGUGCUGUGCUCUGAUUUAGCUGCGAUUGAGCUCCCCUCCACACACAAAGCCCACUUUGCCCCCCUGCCACACCAAUCUCCCUGGGUUUGGGCAGCUGGCUGUGGGGAGCACCUCGGCCUGUCCGUUCCGUUACCUUACCCUAGUGCUGUGCUCUGAUUUAGCUGCGAUUGAG